AUGCGAGGUCGGAGGAGCUCGGCGUCCUCACGGAAGUGGGCAUGCCGGUCGGCCGCGUUUCCGGGGCAGCGACGUCACUUCCGGCCGGCGGAGGGCGGCGCGGGGCCCGCUCGGCGGCCCCUGCGGGGUGUGGGCCUCGUCGUGCGGGGCUCGGGACGUUCUCUGGGGGCGCGUGGCCGCGCUUGGAGCCGCUUCGGGGCCUCCGAGGACGCACGCGGGGCCGAGUGGGUGUCGGGGGCCGGCGCGCCUCAUGCCCACCUGCCGGCCGCGCCCGGGCCGGGGUCACGGCCGGGGUCACGACCGAGGUCACGGUCGGGGUCGCGGCGGGUGCUGAGGCUGGCGACACGGAGGGAGGAGGGAGGGAGGGAGCGUCGGCACCGAGGGGUCAGCGCGGCCCCGGCCCCGGGGAACCGAGGGGGUCAGCGCGGCCCCGGCCCCGGGGGCACCGAGGGGGUCAGCGCGGCCCCGACCCCGGGGGCACCGAGGGGGUCAGCGCGGCCCUGUCCGGAGGGCUGCAGAAGGACCCCGCGGCUCUACUGGGCGGCCGCCGACUGCGGGGAGCGCGGCAUUUGCAGGAACCCGCAGGAAGCAGGAGGACCUGAUGCUACGUGGGCCUGCAAAACGCUACAGUCACGUGAGGGCAUCGCCCGAGGCUGCCUCUGCAAGAUUUUGUCCGGAGGUGGAACAAAAUCUUCAAGCGAAGGACUUAGCGGCCACUACAAGGCUCCGAAGAGCUGCUCAAGGGGGCUCCUCAGCUCCCAGCGGAGACCUCAGGAAGCUCGUGGCAGCUGUGGCCAGUUAACAAGUGACCUGCUCCAGCCAGUGACCUUUGGAGGGCUGAGGGCAGACAAGCACACGGCUUGGCUGUGUGAUCCCGGAAACCUGUGUCCCCCCGACUGGUCACGCCAAGCGUUAGUGUUCAGAAGUCAAGACAAGAGGACGGUCAGAGCCAGACACGUACUGGUCACCACCGUUCGGUGGCUACUGGAUGGGUUUAUUACUAAACUGCUCCAGCCGGCCACACCACCGUGGGACAAUGCACGUGCCGUAAAAGUUCUCUGUUCUGAGUACUUUGGCUCAUUUUAAAUAGCAGGAUUUAAAAAAUAAAAAUGUACACAAC